AAGACAGAUUCUUCGGUUGACAGUUGGAGGUUAGGAACAAAAAGCUGUACAAAGCAUUGUAUUUAUCACAGCAAAAAAAAUAAGUUUUAGGUAUUUGAAUAUUUAUGAACAGUUUCGACUGUGAUUGAGCUUUUCCUAUCGAGAAAAUAAACAAAUCGAGAUUCAACUCGUUCAACGAAAUGAAUAUGUUAAACGAUGCAAAUACACAAGAGACAAAUACAGAGAUGAAGCUACAGAAGAACGUUCGUCACAAUAUGGUGAAAAUUUUCAAAUGUUCCGAAUGUGGACUGACCUUUGAUCGUGCCUCGCAACUCGGCUAUCAUCAUCGAAGUAUUCACCUAGGAGAGAGAUCUCAAGUAUGUCAGAUAUGUGGGAAAGGUUUCUUCCGCAAAGCAGACUUGCGUACACACCUGAAUGUCCACCUGGGCACAAACUUCUGCAUCUGUGAGUUUUGUGGAAGAAGAUUCAAUCACAUAUCAAAUCUUAUAAGGCACUGCAGAGUGCAUGCAGGAGUUAAGCCUUAUCUAUGCUCAAUUUGUGACAGACGGUUCACGCAAGUUUCCUCGCUAGUAAGACACAAACAAAUAAUACACGGGAUACCAAAGGAAAGCAUGCGUCAGUAUUGCAGUUCUAGUCUUAUCAGCAAUAAAUCUCAAGUCACUGAGCAUGUGUCUAAAGAGAAUGAGUUGCGUAGCUCUCUCGCGACAACACAAAACGCGUCGUUCGAGAGCGCUGUGUUAUCAGAGUAUAAUAGUUAUAAGAAGAUGACAGACAAUAACGUUAAAGAUAGAUAUCAUGAGAAAAUAAGUGCGGAAUCGAAAUGCCAGAGUACUGAUCGAGAAGUAGAUGCACAGAAUAAAGAUAAAAUAUCCAAUCAACAUAAUAUUGACACGAACAACACAGCUGUAACGGCGUAUUUACCUCUGGAGACUGUUAUCUAUGUCACGUCUAAACAGUUCGAAGAAGACAAUCUGGCGGAGAUUGAGCAUCGCUUGUCGCAAGAUUACCUCGCCGGGAUCGAAGAAAAACUCCAAUCCAUCGACUUGUCAACGAGUAAAACCGUUGUUUCGAGUCCUCCUCAGGAUGCAGCCUGUAAUCACGAGCAGGCACAAUCCAAAGACAAUAUAAUUCACCAACAUCAGCUCGAUAAAAACAGUUUUACCUUUUUACCGCGAGAUAGAGGACCCGGUGACGCAGAGGCGCGCGCGAUACAAGACUUUAAGCAGGACUCCGUGGCAAGGAGCGACGUCGGCAAGUUGGAUAUGGGAACGAACUUGCAGACGUGUGAUUCCGAUGAAGUCUCGGCGGAUCCGAAGUUCCUGCAUAAGCAGAUGUGCAAGGAAACCAUCAACGAGGACAGGAAAUGCGAGAAAGCGUCAUUGAACGACGACAAUCAGUUGUACAUCGAGCUGUCCGAGUUGGGCUUGUUAAAGUUUGACGAGUCUCGUUAUUGCGGUAAUACGGAUUUGGACACGGUGAAGUCUGAACACUCCGCGAAUCUCGCUGCUAACAACUUAACGUACGCCCCCGUUUCCGCUGAGAAUCAGGAAAGCUUGCCGCGCAACGAGGGCAACCAGGAGGUUCUAAGCAAUCCCGGUAAUAUAGCGUUGAACAACGAGGACCCGAUGUUGCGUAUGGUGCAGACGGAGGCGGGUGAGCAAUUUUACGAGUUCAUAAGCAACUUGGUGGAGAAGAUGCAAGACAAUUCGAGCGUAGAGAAUACGGGGAACAAAGUGGAAGAGCCGUCGAGCACCUUCGAGCACUGUCGAAGUAACGACUCGCGGGAUACGCGCGAGGAUAACGAGAAGAACGGCCGGACGGAGCACCAGCAGACUCUGGAGGACCUCACCGACAUAAAUCACGAAUUCAACUACACGCAGUUCGAUUUUCACAGAGACGAGAAGAGCUUCACCGUUCUGUGCGACCACGAGUCUGGGCAUUUCCAGCAGGACUCGCGAGAGAACUGUGCGACCGCGCUGCAGGAGAAGAAUUUGCAGACCUACGGCUCCGGUAACCUGGAGCUGCUGGAGAACGAGUCGCACGUGGACUUCGACAAGUACGUCGAGACAAAUUUCGAGGUGUUCGAGCGACUGAAUUAUGAGAACUGCAACGAGAGGUUCUUCGAGUUCGUGGAAGUCGCCGAUAUCGGCGUGGAAUCAUCGUCAUCGGCGAGCAAAGAGUCACCGAUGGUGUGCUUAGUCCAAAACGACGGCGACCAGUUGUUAGAGCUGUUGCAGGACUGUCAGAUCACCGAGCAAGAGUCGGACUUCGCUUCCUCGAGCAAGCUCGACGGCGAUUGCUCGAACGUUCUGCAGGACAACGAUAAGAUCGCUGAUUGCCCCGAGGGUAAGCCGGACUUCUUCGCGUACGUGGAGCCCGGCGCGCUGUUGAAGGAAGACAUGAGCAACGAGCGAGGCACCGCAGACUCAGGUAACUCUUUGUACACGGAUCUGAUGAUCAACAACGAUAUGAGCGUAAGCAACGGGAGCGUGAGCGAUGAGAGUCGCGUCGGAACGUCGAAGGAAGCGAAGAAGCCGGAGAAGUCGGAGAAGCCGGAGAAGUCGAAGAGCUCGCCGAAGAAGUACCAAUGCUCCGUGUGCAAGAAAGCGUUCUCGACGGCUUACAACUAUAAACAGCACAUUGGCAUACACUUUACGGAUCAGCAGAAGUUCCACUGCAAAGAGUGCGGAGUGUCCUUUGCCUGGAAAUCCACCCUGAACAAGCAUAUCGCGAGCACUCACAGCUCCAAUUGGCCGCCCAAGUUUGUCUGCGACAUUUGUCCGAGGGUCUACAGCACCUUGUCGCAAGUGAACGAGCACGUGAAGAGGGAUCACCUGAAGCAACGUAAUCACGUUUGCGACCACUGUGGCAAGUCCUUCUUCAAGAGCUUCGACCUGAAGACCCACAGCAGAACGCACACCAACGAACGCCCGUACGCGUGUCGGGUUUGCGGCAAGAGGUUUCACUAUCAGAGCCACAUCAUUCGUCACGAGCGCACGCAUUCGGGCGAGAGACCGUACGUUUGCGUAGUCUGCCAGAAGGCCUUCAUACAGCCCGGCUCGCUGAAGGUGCACGAGCAGAAGCACCGGCUGCUCAGGAUGGACAUCCUGAAUUACCAGAUCGACGAGGACGAUCCUAUCGCGUUGAUGACGUUAUAAAAGUUGCGCGACAUGUCUUACCUACGCGACCGUUAUUAUAUUGUAAGAGAUCACGCAGGUAUCUCUCAAUUUCUAUUUUAUCGCCAUUGUUAUCGCCAUAUUAUUUUUUUAACUAAACCCGUCUGAAACGUGGAA